AUGAGGGCAGAGACUCUGAAUCAGUUCUACGACUGGGGUAAGACCUUCCAGCGAGGCCGAGAGCAGGUCAUCAGAUCGAUCAAAGCCAAGCGCCGGGCGGAUCCCACAUCGGAGCCGUACGAACCCCACUAUCACCACCAGCACCGCUCCUCGAAGCCCCGCUUCGCCGCUCCCGCUGCUGGCAAGGAUGCCGCAUCCAGUAUAGCAACGCUCCCAGCGUGUCUAUAUGAGAUUCCGUCCGCUGCCGCCCGGGGCUACGGCCUGCGGUCCAGUUCCCGCCGCCUCUCAUUCCUGUCCCUCGCUCCAGAACUUCGCAACAUGGUUUAUCAGUACUUCGUUCACUACCCCGGCUCCCGGGAGCUCUUCGACUCCUACUAUAUCCAGAGGGAGAAGCGGAAGAAAAACCCCACGGAUUCAGCUGCCAAGGGCAAGCAAGCGCAGCAGCUGGCCGGCAGAUCCAAGUCGAAAAUCACCCGGGAGGCUCUGACUAUCCUUCGAGCCCGUGUACUUGUCAUCGACCGUAUUCCACCGUGGGUCAUUGGUGAGACCUUGCCGCUACCGAUCUCGAGCUUCAUCACAAAAGCAACACUACAAAGCGUCAGGUACGUCGAGCUCCGGUUGAGCCUCGGGGAGGGCACGAGCGGCAGCGGUCGGGUCUGGUCUAAGGUGCUGACCGACUUUCUCAAAUGCCUGGACAACCACAACCUCGUCAAGUUCAAGGUCGUCUUUAAGCUCAAGGAUAUCCACAACUGGCCGCUCUGGUUUAACGAGCUAUGUUACUAUGAGCUGAUCAUGAACAAGGCAAGUCUAUCUAGUGUUAUCGCUCGGACGAUGCUAACAGGACAGCAGUUUCGUCGCUGGGAGCACGACACCGCCAAGAGGGGAAACCUGAUAGAUUUCGAACGGUGGAUCAUCGACAGGUUCUUUGCCUAUAAGCACAGCGAGCAGUAUCGGAACCCUCUCAUCUCUGGAUCCACGGCCAAGAAGUCCUUCCUCGGUGGGUUCGGCUGUUUACGCGCAACUGGUGGUUGA